AUGUCGCUCCAUGUUUGGUUUCUGGUAUUACUAUGUCAGUCCUUACUUCUAAGCUUAUCUGCAGAAGUUAACAACGGCAAUAAGGAUGGAGUAGAAUCAUUUAAAAUGAUAAAAGUGCAUGGAAAGGUGGCUUAUCACUCCCCAAGCACCCAGGGAAUUCUACUGGAAGUCGGAGAAUGUGUCCAGAAAUGUUACGAAAAUGAAGAUUGCAUUUUGUGUUAUAUGAACGAUGGCUACUGUAUGAUUUAUCACUACAGUUCUGAAGGAGCAAUUGUAGCUUUAAAGAGACCUGGAUCCGUGGUGAUAUGCACUAAGAGUGUCAUAAUAAAACCUCGCGAAACUACACGGGACGAUGCGAAAAACUAUUGUGAGAAGUUUGGUUGGAAAGUGACUGGUAUUGCGACAGAGGAGGAGGUGAAGAAGAUCGGAAGUAACAGUUUGUUUUGGCUUGACGGAUUUUCGACAAAAUGUGAUGAGUCUGGUUGUGAGAAGUAUUACUAUACCGAUGGCUAUACCACUGAUGGAUAUCUUGGCACACCACAAUUUCUCGUUUCGCCAGAUGUGUGUUUCAUAUACGAUAGUUACAUUAUUAGAAAUUAUCCAUGUAACAUUAAAAUUGAUGGAGUACAGUGUGGAUUCAGAAUGCAAAGCUAG